AUGCCAUCUCUCAUUCCAGCAUUUUCAUGUUCUUUUGAUGUAACAAAAAAUCUUCAAAUCACUUUACAAUUAUUGGAAUAUCAUUUGGAAUUGAGAAGUGCCUUCGGAACGAGUCAUUCUUCAACCACUCAUCGCAAGAAUGCACUCAUUAAAAUUUCUAUACAUUAUGAUCAUGAAAUAAUCAUUAAUAAUAAUUAUUCAGCAACAUCACAACAAUCAUUGCCGCCAUCAUCAUCAUUAUUAUUAUUUGAAGGAUUUGGAGAGUGUGGAUUGCCUCCGAAAAAACCCAAUUGUUACUUGGCUGAUUUUGAUGAUAUCAAGUGUUAUUUUGAACAAUAUUGCAAACAUGUAGAACGAGAUAUUAAGAGUGAUAAAAUUCAAACACUCUUCAAUUUAGACUCAAAAUUCACUCAAGAGAAAGAUCAUUUGCUUUCACAAAUGUUUGACGAGUGUUUUACGGAAACAUGUGGCGGCAGUCAGGACCAGUAUUUCUCAACUCUCAAACAAGAACUUUCCAAAUUGUCAACAGCAACUCAUUGUGAAGACGUUGCUUCUACCACGUGUGCUACACAACGGACGGAGGUGCUUGUGACACCUCUAGUAUUACUACACGCAUUGGAUAAGAAUGAAUAUGUGGAUCAAUACGGAAAACCACAUCCAGAAUUUGAACAUUGUGCACAGUGUGUUAUUGAAAUGGCUAUUUUGGACUUAUGGUCGAAAAUUGUUUCAAAACCACUCCAUGCUGUCAUUGGCAUUCCUGCUCCUGUCGGCAAAUUUUCAUUCUACACUGCUGCACUCAAUGAAGACAUUCAAGAAAUUGUUAAAACUGCCAAAUUGGGUCUAAGCAAAACCAAACAUCUCAAAAUCAAGCUUGACUCCAACAUUGACAAGGGAAUUUUAAUUGUUAAAACUCUUCUUGACACUUAUGAAAAAGAAUAUGGUGUCAGCGGUGACAUGACCGCCACGAAAUGGUCCAUUGAUGCCAACGCAGCAUGGACUCCUGAACUCUCCAUCGAGUUCUUGCACAGAGUCAAAAAAGAAGUACCAUGUUUUAUUCCAUAUUUUUACAUGUUGGAACAGCCAUUCCCAAUUUCGCUCGACUCUUACACUGAUCAUGACGAAUUAUCAAUCAUCAAGAACAAGUGGAUUCAAGUCAAGCAAGAAUAUGAAAACGAAGGAAUACUCAUUUUCGCUGAUGAAAGCGUCAACACGUUUGAAAACAUUCCCGUCAUUUGUCCUUUCAUUCAUGGCAUUAACAUCAAACUUGAAAAAGCAGGAGGUAUUCGAGGAGCCUUAAAAACAGCUCGUAUUGCUCAAUCUCAGUAUCAUUUAAAGUUAUGGUUUGGUUGCAUGGUAUCGAGUCGAUUGAGUUGUACAUGUUCCUCACAUCUCAUGGCUCUCUCAGAAAUUGGAGGCGAUUUGGAUGGUGAUUUACUUGUGACGGAAUCAAGUCAAGCAUUUGAAAAUGGAUUUACUUGGAGGAAUGAUAUGACAUUGAAUACUGGAUCCAUGUACAUUGGUCCGCAACAUGGUGAAAUUAUUUUACAAUCCAACCAAAUGGGAAUUGGAGUGGAAAGAAAAUUUUAA